AUGAUGACGACUACAACAAAGUUGUCUGCAAAUAUAUUGGAAUUCAAAUUUGAGUUGGCCAAUCUUCCAAUUCAGAUACCGAGUAUUCGGUACCCGCCUUUGCAGUAUAAUAACUUGUCAAUGCAAGACUUUACAGGGGAGUUUAAGGUGAUGAAUGAUUUUUUGCAAGGUAGUGAUAUGGAAGAUGAAUCAGAUGAUCAAAAUUCGGGCAAAAAAUCAGUAUUAUUACCUCAAGGAUUCGAAUAUAGAGCAACAUUCAAAUGUCAUCGCCGUAACAUAUUUACAAAAGUCAAUAAGCAGGUUGCGGAAACACAACUAGUUACUGAUUUCAGCCACUAUAUUGUAGCUGGUGAAACUGUUCUUUUGCAUUUUAUGAGUGAUUUGCUUCUCAAGAGGCAUUCCGAUAGUGUCUUGAACGGUGGCUUGCAGUGUUUGGGUGAAGCUCUCAUAUCCAAUCUUUUCUGCCAGCAGUGUCCUUCUCAGCUGUCCUCGUUUCUCAAAUCGCUUGAUAAAAGGGUUUUGGAAAUAUAUGAAAGGAUUCAAAAAGCUGUGAAUGAACGUUUACAGUCGAUUCAACAGGAAAACUACAAACAGCCACUUGAUAAUGCAGCUGAAGAUGUAGAACUGGUGGCUUACACCGGUCAUUUGUUAUCGUUUAGUAUCUUGAUGAUUAAUGGUUGUGGUGUUGAAGCUUACUUCAAUGUACAGAAAAGCAUCAAGCUUGCAUUUGAGCUUCAUGUAAAUCUAAUUGAGAAAACUUUAAUGCGGCCGCAACCGAUCAUUACUUUUCUUCAAAGCAAUCUACACCAUAAUAUUCUCAAUAUCAAUAUUGCAUCGUACUAUCCACAAUUUUUGUUUGAGAUUGAGUCUAAUUUAAGAAGCUUAGAGUUUAUCUUUAAUGCAUCAGCAUCGAUAUCCGAUGUUGGAGAAGUUAAACAAAAGUUUUUGAAUUUGCAAUCACAAUAUCUCAGGUUGAUGAAAUUUCUUAGAGAAAAAGUAUUGACUAUUGUGUUUUCAAUGAGAAACGAACAACUUGUCACGACUUAUCCGCUAAAUGAAAUAUAUAAAGUCUUUAAAGAAUGGCAUAGAUUGUGUCCGUCUUAUGCAAUGGCAUAUAGUCCCAAAAGUCCUAAAAGCAACUCACGCUACUAUGAUGAAUUUGAAUUUCUCGAAAAUUUGUCAACUACCUUGUAUAUAUAUUAUUAUGCCAUUGCUGUGUCGCUAGAUGCAAUAUUCCCAGCAUGUAAAUAUCUAUUCAACUUGGGUUUCAUUUUGCCAACAACCGGGAAAUUGAAAGAAAAGGAUAUCCUUACCGUGUCAAAAUAUAAUCGAUUUUCCAAAACGUAUUUCAAUCAAAGAAUUGAUGGAAUGUUGCAAAGACAUAUAUGUUAUGCAUCUAGAGUAUUUGCAUUUUUCAAAAGGCGGUUUAUUUUUUACAACAACCAUACACUGUGGUCUAAUUAUUAUGAUAAUAUAACUCUGGCUAACAGGUUUGAUACCCGGAAAAUCACAAAUGUGAAAGAAGUCCCAAUACAUAGUUUCAGUACUACUUUAAUACGACCUGAACAUUACCCUACAAGAGAAAGUUUAGCUGAACAGCUGAAACCAUCGUUUAUUAGCUUCAAUCGGGAAGACUAUUUGAUGGCUAAAAAUUCAUAUGGUAGAAAUAUUGAAACUUUAGACAUUUUCAAUGAGUCUGUGUUGCUUCAAUGUGAUUAUGAUUCCAUGUUAUUAUUAAAGGAUUAUCGUCCUUUGGACGAUUGCCUUAGAAAUACCCGGGGUUUGUUGGAGCUUACAGAUAUAAGAGAUUACUAUGAGGAUAAGUACUUGAUUAUGAGUACUUUAACAAAUGUAUAG